AUGAAGAAGGGACAGACUGCAAAGAAAACGGUUUCUUUUUCAGAUGAUACUACUAUGACCACACAUAACCGUAAAAAAAGGAACAUCGAUCACGAUCAUCCACCGGUUUUUGUUCGUAAAACAACACUCACAAUCCCAUGGCAUUUACCGUUAUUACUACUAUAUUUUAUUUUUGGUUCUACAGAUUAUGAUAGUUUCAAACUGCUGAUUACUUUAAUACCGUUACAGGUUUUAUAUUUGAUUUUUCAAUUUAAUAAAUCAACAGUUUAUGGUAAUAAAAUUAUAAAAAUUAAAACAUCUUUACUGUUAAUUUGUCUUUUUACUACUCUGUUAAUUGUACCAUUUGUAGCAAUUGUAAUAAUUUUAAUGGGUGCACCAAUUUCUAGUAAUUUAAAGGCAACAUGGCUGUUAUCAUUACAUAUCUGCUAUCUAUCUUACCCAGCAAUCUAUUCAGUUUUUAACUGUGAUUUUAAGGUUGGUUUAUGGAAAAAAUAUUUUAUUGUUAUAUUAUUCGGUAGUUGGAUUAGUUGUAUUGUGAUACCAUUAGACUGGGAUAGAGAUUGGCAGAGAUGGCCGGUUCCUAUUAUAAUUGGUAGUUAUGUUGGUGCAUUUUUGGGUUACUCAAUUGGGUCUUACGUUUAA